AUGGAUAAACGAUUUGGAUCUACGGUUUUACUAGAUGAACAGUUUGAAUGGUUCGACGAUAGUAGUUUGGAAAUAUUUGUGGACACGAUUGAGGACGAUGGUGAAAGUUCUACGGCAAGGUCAAGGCGUAAAGUUGUUAACCGCAAUCGUUGGGAAGCUGGAGAAAGAUUGUUUCGCGACUACUUUUCUGAUGAACCGAAAUUCAGUCAUGAGUUUUUUGAGGAGUAUCGUAUGCCUAAAGGUUUAUUCUUAAAGAUUGUUCAUGAUCUUGAGUCGCGGUACAAGUAUUUUCAGAAAGGUUACGAUGGUAGGAUGAAAAAGAGUUUUACCAUGAUACAAAAAUGUACAUCCGCCAUCAGGCAGCUUGCAACCGGUAACCCACCAGAUGAGUAUGAUAAGUACUUGGAGAUGGCUCAAAGAACAUCACGCGAAUGUCUCCAGGUUUUUUGUGACGCCACGGUAGACACGUAUGAGCAAGAAUAUCUGCGUAGACCAACAACGCAUGAUAUUUUGCGGUUAUACGAAGCACAUGAGGAGAGACAUCACAUUCCAGGUAUGUUGGGCAGCCUAGAUUGUACACAUUUUGUAUGGAAAAUGUGUCCAGUUGAGUUGAGGGGCCAGUAUAAAAGGGGUGAUCAUCAAUACCCCACGAUUAUGAUGGAGGCGACGGCUUCUCACGAAUUAAGGAUAUGGCACGCAUUUUUUGAUCCUCCUGGUUCACUGAACGAUAUCAACGUUCUGCAGCAGUCUCCAUUGUUCCUUCCCGAGAGCAUAGGCACGACGCCUAACUGCCCAUUCAAUGUGAAUGAUCACACGUACCGACGUGGCUAUUAG